GUACCUUUAGCAAAGUAUAUCGAGCAAUAGUUAAAGGGGACUUAAGUAGAAAGCAAGAUUAUGCUCUUAAAUAUUUAGUGCCUACCAGCAGGCCUUCUCGCAUAGCCAGUGAACUUCAGUGCCUAAAAGAAGUUGGGGGAUCAAAUAAUAUUGUUGGCAUUGAAUUUUGCAUUAUGAAUGAUGGACAUGUAGUAAUUGUAAUGCCAUAUUAUCCACAUCAACGAUUUUCUGAUUAUUUUCGCCUAUUGACUGUCAAUGAUAUUAGAGAUUACAUGCGAAACCUUUUUAUUGCAUUAUCUAAAAUACAUGCUCAUGGCAUCAUUCAUCGAGAUGUGAAGCCAAAUAACUUCUUAUAUUGUAAAAGUCAGAAAAGUUACAUUCUGGUUGAUUUUGGUUUGGCAGAACGAACAGAUUUUUUCUCCUCUAAGCAUUCCGAGACUCGGCAACCUCUAUCAGACUCUACAGGUAGACUAAAUAAAAGUGUACAAAACAUGAUUGAAAAUUCUGCAAACUUUGAUAAGCAAGUGCGAGAAAGUAUUCCAUCUUCAGUUAAUAUUAGUAGAUAUCAAGCAAUGAACAGUUCUAAAAGACAGGAAAAUGCAUCUAAAAAACGAAAACUUGCACCUUCUACAAGUACAGCCAUUAAUGAAACAUUACCAGUCGUAAAUGCUCAUACGAAGUCUUCCAUUAAGCAAUACCCAUUACAUUCCAAACCGCGGGAUGGAUCAAAGCAUUCUAAGAGUAGUAAGGGAAAAGAGUGUGGAUGCUUCAGGAAACCAACUGUAUGUAGUAUUUGCCUUGGGAGAGAUCCCGAAGAAGCACCCAGAGGUGGAACACCAGGUUUUAGAGCACCUGAAGUAUUAUUGAAGCAUCCACAUCAAACAACAGCUAUAGACAUGUGGUCAGCUGGUGUAAUCUUAUUGUGCAUGCUAAGUAAGAAAUAUCCAUUUUUCCGAGCUGAUGAUGACAUUACAACUUUAGCAGAGAUUACUUUCAUAGUUGGAACAAGAGAAAUUAAAGAUGCUGCAUUAUCUCUUGGUAAAGUCUUGACAAUGAAUUUACCAGAAACUACAGAAUCAAUUUCUGAAAUACGUAAACAGCUCAGUCCUGCUCGCUAUCUCCAAGCUCUGUGUACAAUGAUUCAACAUGAACAACCGUGUCAAGUACAUUCAUAUUCAAAUGAGAGAGAUCUAAAUCUGUGUUGUGUAUUUUGCCCAGAAAUGUCCCAACAUAUUCCUGAAAGUGCCUAUGACUUAUUAGAUAAGUUAUUAGACCCAAAUCCUCAGACAAGAAUUACAGCAUCUGAGGCUUUAAACCAUCCUUUUAUUUCAGAAUGCUAACUUUAUAUAAAUAUAUUUUUAUGCAAAUUGUAUGAUUAUUUUGUACAUCUGUGUUAGUGAAAAAGAAAUUAUUUUAAACAGUAUAUAUUUUUUUAAAUUACUUUAAAUUUCUUACUUGCAUUCCCAUCUAUGCAAAGGUUUUAUAAAAGUAAAGGGUGGUCCAAAAUUAUUGAGCACAUUUCAUAUUUGAAAGAAGAAAAAAAAAAAAAAAAAAAAAAAAGGAACAAACCUGAGGUGUGUACACAUUUGUUUUCUUGGAAAGAUAAUUUAAAACAGUUUCACACACCAAAAUUUUAAACAUUAAAUAAUAUUCAUAUGAGGUCUAUUUGUGGCAUGCAAUUCAAAUGUGCUCAAUAAUUUUGUACCACCCUGUAUAUUUCAUGCAGUGCUUACUAUUAUAACCUUAUACUUUUUAAAUAAAGUUUUCUAUAUAUGUAUGAUAAAGCAUAUAUGUGCGUUUCCAUUUUGCUAUAUAAAGCCAGUUUCUUUUUUGCUGUGAAGCAAUAUUUUUAAUGCAUAUUUAAAAUUAGUACGUGACUUCUAUUGAGUAUUAAUGCAUCAUUUUAUAUUAACUCUUGAGAAAUUGAUAUAAUAAUACUGUGCAAAAAUAUUCCAUUAAUUGCAUAUAGCACAUAACGUAAAAAAAUUCACACUUUUGUGUAUUGAGUUUUAUAAUUAUUAUAGUUGUACUGACUUCGUCAAUUUCUGAGAUUUGAAAUUUAAUAACUAUUACUUGAAAAUGUAAUUUUUCAUUAUAGCUGGAGAGGGAUUCUACCUUAUUGUGUUUUCUGUACACCAUUCAGUAAGUUUGUCACCGUAUCUUAACUAUAAUAUAAACUAAAAAUUACACACACACAUUUAUAUAUAUAAUUAAUCUCUUUCAAAUAAGUUUCUCUGCACAUAAAAAUUAAUGAAUUUUUUAUAAACACAUUAAUUUUAAGGUGUUGCUGGUAUUAAAUGUUAGAUGCUAGAAGCUAAUUUUGAAAUAAAUAUUUUAUACACGUGUGAACACAGGAACAUGUAAAUUGUAUUCUAAUAUUUAUAAUUUGUAAAAUUUAAGGGGAAAAGAUUUUCUGCUUGUUUAUGUCAAUAAACGUAAAUUAUCCAAAAAAAAAAAAAAAAAAAAUUCUGUUUGAUUUCCAUAUUUGUGUGAUUUAAAUGUGCUCAUAUUAAUGGAAGAUGUAUAUAUAAAUUAUUGUGUUUGUAAAAAAAAAAUAUAUAUAUAUAUAUAUCUCUUCCUAAUGUGCAUAGGAAUUAGAGGUUUGUUUGUAUGAAAUAUUUGGGAAUUAAAGGUAAAGCUCAAGCAAAGCAAUAUAGAACUUUUAAAAUUUUACAUUUUUAAUAUGAUGGAAAAUAUUUCAUUUUAAGAUUUCUUAGAAAAAGUGUCAUUAUUUAGUAUUAAUAAAAUUUUCAAAUGACAAAAAUGGUUUAAUUGCUAUUUCGAAGCAAAUAUUAAACAGAAAUAAUUAAAUGCAAAUAAUAGACAGUGUAUGUAUUCAAAGGUAUAACAUUAUCAAAAGUAAAUAUUUUAAUAAUUUUCAUUUAUACUUUCAAGUGGAUGUGUGGAAUCAAAUUCUUAACAGGAAUUAUAUAAUUUCAUGCUGCUACAUUCAACACUUUUGUAAUGUAAACAUGCAAUUAAAAAAAAAUAAUUUUCCUGAUUUUAA